AUGGACGACAACGGAGCUUCUGGUCGUCUACGCCCUCUACUACCCGGACCAGCUCGCGAUGGCCCUUCUGGCUCCAAGCCUCCAUUCAAUGUUGACAUUCCCAGACGAAGUUUUACCAAGAACGCCUGCCAAAGUUGCAGACAGCGCAAGGCAAGGUGUGAUGGCCAAAAACCCAAAUGCUCAGCUUGUACUAACGGUGGGCGCGAAUGCCAAUAUGUCAUUCGCCCUUUUGAGGCUGAGGUUGCCGUCCUGAAGAGGGAGAACGAAGCACUAAAGGAGAACCUGACCGGGCAUAAGAACCUUUACUCGUCUCUGAUGACCCGGGAGCCUCACGAGACAGAUGAGAUUCUGCGAAUGAUACGUGCUGGACAGGACGUCAAGACGGUCACUGGAGACAUGCAGGGAGUGGAUGCGACAAUGCAGAGCAAUACCUCUACGAUAUCCAGACAACAGAUGAAUCCUCUAAUACGGAACAACAGUGCCAACACUUCCAACAGCACUAAUACAUCCGGAAGCGCCAGCUCGCCUAGUCUAUUUGCUACGUACGCGAGCUUUUCUCAAACACAACAACCUAGACUCACGGCCCUGCACGACCACCCUGAUCAUAUCUUUGAGGAGGGCUGGCGAGAUACCCAGCGAAGAUUUUCGGACGACGUAUUCGUUGAUCUCCCAGGAUAUACACUGCCGAUUUCACGAUGGACAAGCGCAAGCCAAGAUGACAAGCUCUUGAGCCACUUGUUGUUGCUAUUCUGGGCAUGGGAUACUGUGUGUAACCGCAUUAUUGACCGAACCAUUUUCGAGGAAGACCUCAAGAACCUCGAUCCCAAGACUACAGGCGCGCCUUGGCAACUUCGCUUCUGCUCUCCAUUCCUCGUCAAUGCCCUCUUAGCCGUUAGCUGCCUGUACUCUACCAGCUCAGCAACAUUCAGCGUACCUGGUGAUAUCAGUACUAGAGGCCGCGGAUUCGCCGAGGAGGCUAAACGGUGUCUAGAACUUGAAGACACGCGUCCUCUGUUGCCAGUUGUGCAGGGCCUUGCGCUGAUGUAUGUGUAUGAAGGUGCUUUGGGCGAUGGGAAUACUGCGCUUGAGUUUCAUAGACUUAUGCACCAGCGCUACAUGGAGCUUCGGCUUGAUGACAUACAGCGUUCAACCGACACAGCCAUUGCUGGUUCGAGACAACGUGCUGAAGCCCAUGCUUUAUCCUGGAUACAAUGGGGGUUCUAUGUCUGGGAUUGGAAGCCAAUGCACGGUCUCUGUCGCCGUUUCGUGAUCAAAAAGCCCGCACGGGAGAAAACUUGGCAGCAAGAUAUAACGCCACUGAACAGAAAGGAGAGUCCUGAGUAUUGGUGGUUCCCUUACCCCUUGUCUGCGGAGCCCCAGCGGUCUCUGAAGCGUGAAAUCUUUGAUGUCGAGUGUACUUUCGCCGAGAUUACGGAGCAAGUGCUCGAUUUUAUCAUCCCUAUAGAGCAGGGUGUUUCGCCAUCCUUGAAUGCUGGACGGGCGGUCGAAUUGUACUCACAACUAAUCGAGUGGAAGUUCUCUCUACCAGAACCCCUGAGAGCUGAGAAUGCGGUUCUUCCCGCCGCUCUACUGCUGCAUCUCAGUGUGGAUCUUGUAGCCAUCAGCAUUCUACAACCUUUCGACAAUGUCUCCAAGGCAACCUUUGGCCCCUUUAACCCACGCUCCACCACCUACGCUCAUGCCACAAACGCCAUGUCGACGAUCUGGCAUUUCCGUGCUCUCUACACUCUCCGGAAAGAACAUUGGCUCAUCCAGGCAAGUUCCGUGUGUGCCUUCCGCGUCCUUUUAAUCAUCAAAGAAAGUCCCAUACAGCUCGAAACCUUCAUCAAAGCAUGCCGCGCACUACUAGAACUUGGUGAAGCCUAUCCGGUAGCGGAAACGGUUCGAUACUCCAUCGAGUCGGUUGUCAAGAAUAAAGGGAUAACUUUGCCAACUUAUGCAAAGGAGUACAUGCCUCACGGUUUGGGUGCAGGAGUAGCGGAGCUGACGCACAUCAAGGUCAAGGAUCAUACUGUUAUAGCUGAGAAGGCAUCGGAGAACAACGACGAUAGAUUCGCGUUGACAGGUUUACUUUCGGCGUUAGUGCCCAGUAGGAUGGAGCCUAAUUAG